GAAGUCAUCAUAUUCUUACUAGAGAAGCCUGUUAGGUAUAUAGAAUUGUCUCAUGGAAAAUUUUUUUAGAAACAAAAUGCAGGCUCUUAAGCCCGUUCGAACAAGCGUAGAAGGUAAAUAUCUAAAAAUGACAGAAAAAGAAGAGGAACCCUUAAGUCCGUGGUCUAGUGCGUUUGUGAAAUCGGAAUCCGGUGUCUAUGUCAUCGCCAUUUUAGGGUUCAAGAACAGAAUAAACCCUAGUUUUUUCAAGGAUAACCUGAUGCAUACUUUGAUGAGGAAUCCUCGCUUCUCUAGUUUGCAGGUUAUUGAUGACAAAGACGGGAAGGUGAAAUGGAUAAGAACAAGUGUGAAUGUGGAAGACCAUGUGAUAGUCCCACAGCUCAAUCAAGAAAUGGGGUUAUCACCACAUGCAUUCUUGGAAGAUUACAUCUCUAAUUUAAGCAAAACAAAUUUAGAUAUUUCAAAGCCUUUAUGGGAUUUUCAUAUCCUAAAUCUUAAAACUGAUGACGCUGAAUCUGUUUGCAUUCUUCGCGUUCAUCACGCUCUCGGAGAUGGAUUCUCUCUCAUUUCUCUUUUACUUUCUUCAACUCAUAAAGUUUCUGAUCCAGAGGCAUUUCCAUCCUUUCCAAUGAAGAAGAAGAAGGAGAAAUAUGAAGAGCAGAAUAAUUUGAGUUACUUUGCCAAGUGUUGGUUGAUUUUUAGAUUUUACUGGAAUAGUAUGGUUGACGUUAUAAUGUUGAUUGCAACAUUAUUUUUCUUCAAGGAUUCGAAAACACCUAUUACGAAUUCUACUUGUCGUGGAUCUUUUGGCAGACGGAUUGUUUACAAAAUUUUUAGUUUGGAUGACAUUAAAUUGGUGAAAAAUGCCACAAACACUACCGUGAAUGAUGUUAUCACGGCGGUAUUACAAGCAAGUCUGUCUCGUUACCUCAACAGGCUAUACGGUGAUAACAAUAGAGCAACGGAGGAGAACAACAAUCUUCCAAAAAGACUCAAUGUUAGGGCAGCAGUUCCUGUGGCCUUGGACUUGGGGCUUAAUGCUUUACGUGACAGAGUGGAGCAAAAUAGUAAUAUGGGGAGCAAUAACUUUGGUUUUGUUUUCAUUCCAUUAAGAAUUGCAAUUAAAGAUGACCCACUUGAUUAUGUUCGUAGCGCUAAGGCUGCUAUGGACCGGAAAAAGAAUUCUCUGGAAGCCAUUGCCUCUGCCACCAUUCUCAAGCUAUUGAUAUACUUCUUUGGCAUCAAGGGUGCAAGUUUUAUGGCUCGAAAAAUCCCUUCUCAAACGACAAUGCUUCUAUCAAAUCUGCCUGGACCCACCGAAGAAAUUGCUUGGUAUGGUCAUCCAAUAAGCUUUAUAGCUCCCACCGUUUAUGGCGCUCCAAAAGCUCUGACUAUGCAUUUUCAAAGCUAUUUCAACAAGAUGGCAAUUGUUCUCUCGGUUGAUGAAAGUGCAAUUCCUAAUCCUCACCAGUUAUGUACUGAUUUCGAAGAAUCUUUAAAGCUCAUCAAGGAUGCUGCCAUAGCAAGGGCAAACAACAGUGAUGGGGCCAUAAAUUAAAGUUAAAGGGAUUACAAAAAUAAUUAAUAUAAAAUAUAAUAAUUUAUAAUUUAUAAAACUGUAAAAUUUUUAGAAUUACAAAAAUAUCAUAUUUGAAAUUUUAUUGUUAAAUAUGAAGAAAAAAAUAAAUUGUAUUUGACACUUGAAGACAAGUGGUUAUUAGCAGUGAUUAUAAAUGUGUGUUUAUAAUAUUAUAAUAAUUUUAGCAA